AAAAGUGAAUCUGGAGCACUCAAUCGGAUAUAAAAGACCAAAUUUCUCACAUUCAUACUGCAUUUUGCGUUUUAUUUAAAUUAAGCUUACACAAUUAUGAAGCUGCUGCUCAUUUUUGCUACCACGUUGACCGUGGUUCUAUCCGGUACGGUUGACCCUUCCCUGAAAAAAGCUGUCGAUCUUGGCCUUAAUACCGUCGCGAUUCUCGAACUACCCCAAAUUGUGGGGCAACUGGAGACCAACCAAGCCCUUCAAACGCUCUUCGGUGACGCCAAGGUUGCCACCCUGGUCGCCACUUUGAAAGGACUCACGUCCGCUGCGCAGGCGCCGUUCGUCUCAAUCGCGGCGUCUCUUGGGCUUGAAAUUGAGCAAUAUUGGAUUUCCAAUGUCAUUCUGGUUAAGGGAUUGACACUCGAAAAAUUAGACACAUUGUCCAAAACUCCGGGUGAGUUUAUCCUCCGGAAACAACAUAUCGUCACCCUUGACCAUAUCCGGUCUGGACGUGAGGAGGUUGCGAACAAUUUUACGGUACGGAAUCCACAAUGGGGAGUGGCUAAAAUAAGGGCACCGGAAGCAUGGAGUCUCACCACAGGGGAAAAUGCGGUGGUUGGAUUUAUCGACACGGGUGUCAAUAUUGGCCACGUCGCGUUGUCUGAUGGCUUCGCGGGUGCGUGGAUGGACCCGUAUUACAAUACGCUCGUACCAACGGAUGUGCAAGGUCACGGCUCCUUUGUCGCUGGAAUUGUUGUUGGGCGUGCAAACGGGAUAGGUGUCGCACCCGGCGCGCAAUACAUCGCCUGUCGCGGAAUGAAUAAUCAGGGGUCCGGAACUGAGGCGGCUUUAAUUCAGUGCGCCGAAUUCAUGGUCACGGCCACUCCUCGUCCCCAAGUUGUCCCAAAUGCGUGGGGUGGUGUGCCUGGAGCCUGGUUUGAGCCAAUCAUUUCUGCCUGGCGAAGCGCGGGAAUCAUUCCUCUCUUCGCAAUUGGUAAUUCUGGGCCUAACUGUGGAACCAUUUCGGCUCCAGGAAGCCACGGCGGCGUUAUCGGCGUUGCGGCCACCUCUGACACGGAUGCGGUUGCAACUUUUUCCUCGCGUGGACCAGGCGCUGGAGGUGUACUUAAGCCAGACUUUGCCGCGCCAGGUGCAAAUAUUUUAUCGGCUGGGACCGGAGCAAGUAACUAUGUGACCAUGUCGGGAAAUGGAGCGGGUCCACACACCGCAGGUGCGAUAGCCUUAAUUGUCUCCCUCCAUCCAGACUGGGGCUAUGACGAAGUGUACAACGCGUUAGCGACAAGUGCUGCACAGCCACCACUUUCAGAUAAUGAUCGAGCUUGUGGACUCCCUACGCCGGGAGUUGACUAUCCCAAUUACGUAUAUGGUCACGGUCGUAUCGACGUUGCAGCUGCUCUUGGACUUUAAUGGAGUACAAUUUCAUUCCUACUGUAGCAUAGUUUAUCAUUUGAAUAAAUUACAAGCAAUCGAAGAUAUUUAA